AUGUCCAAAGGCAUUUUCAAGCGUUUGCUGUUGGCACUGACAACUCAUUGCGGUCUACGAGCAACAAAGCAUGUAUCACGUGAGGAGCAAUUGGCAAUCUUUCUACGCAUUGCGGUGACUGGUAUAGGUAAUCGAGAGCAUCAAGAGCGGUUUCAGCGCAGUGGAGAAACAAUUUCAAAAUCCUUCCAUCGCAUCCUCAACAUGCUUGUCAGCCGGGACUUCUAUGGACGAUAUGUGAAGCUUCCCAGUGCAGGAAUAAUCCCACCAGAGAUCAAGAACAGCCCGGAAUUCUACCCUUUCUUUAUAAAAUGCCUCGGAGCUGUAGACAGCACACUCCUGCAUGGUUUUGUGGCAGCUGCAGACAUGGCUCGCUUCCGAAGCCGCAAAGGGCUCAUUUCUCAGAACACUUUUGCAGCCUGCCGGUUCAAUCAGAUCUUCUGCUAUCUGCUUACAGGCUGGGAGGGAAGUGCAGCAGACGGUCGUGUCUUUGCUGAUGCACGACGCAAAGGCUUUGCAAUACCACCGGGUUACUACUAUCUUGGUGAUGCUGGCUUCCCAGUUUGUGAUGCACUUCUGGUACCAUACCAUGGUGUUUGCUACCAUCUGAAUGAGUGGCGAAGGGCCUCAAAUCUCAAGUCAGUCCUUUGGACACCAUCCGUGUUCCGCAGUGCUCAUUUACACACAAUACAGUCCCAAGAAUGCCAAGGAACUGUUCAAUCUUCGUCACGCCUGCCUACGCAAUGUGAUUGA